AUGACCAGCGUAUUGCUCAGAAAUUCGACUAUCCUCAGAAAUUCGACUAUCGUCUCAACUAGGAACCAACAGGCUCGGACGAUUCAACGAGCUUCGCCUCCAGUAAUUGCCCGAUCAUCCAUCUUGACUGCUUAUCACCACCAACACUCUCGAGUUUUUUCCCAGCUCUCAUCCCUGGGCUUCCCAUCCAAUCACUUUCCAAGAUCAAGCCCACUUAUCCUACGAGACCGUCUAACAUAUCCUCGAUCGUAUGACAGUCUCAUCAAACGAUUCAACUCAACAGGACCUACCUCCUCGUCCGAUGGCCAUAAAGAUCCAAACCAGAUUCAGAAAUCAUCUUCAAAGACCCUGACUUCCACUACUGAAAACUCAACUAGAUUACAAAGGAUAUGGAAGAGCGUCAGGGAGGAAGCUUCUCACUAUUGGCACGGUACAAAACUUCUGGGAAAAGAGAUCAGACUGAGCGCCAAAUACCAGCUUAAACUUUUAAACGGUAAAAAAUUAACUCGGAGGGAGAGAAGACAGUUGAAAAGAACAACGACAGAUUUACUACGACUGAUACCAUUCUCAGUAUUUUUAAUCGUUCCAUUCAUGGAACUAUUACUGCCGGUUGCCUUGAAACUAUUCCCGAACAUGCUCCCAUCAACCUUCCAAAACGAAUCCAAAGAAUUAGAGAAGAAGAGGAAGUUACUCAAAGUUCGCCUGGAGAUGGCCAAAUUCUUGCAAGAAACAUUGAAGGAAACCGGGAUGACUAAGAAGCUUGACGAGACCGAGGAGUUCAAAGAGUUCUUUAGGAAACUCAGGAAUACUGGCGAAAAACCUAGUACCGAUGAUGUCGUCAAGGUUGCUAAAUUCUUCGAAGACGAUUUAACUUUGGACAAUCUUUCUAGACCUCAACUCGUUAGUAUGUGUCGUUACAUGAACAUCAACGCAUUUGGAACGGACAAUUUCCUGCGCUAUACGAUCCGAAAGCGGAUGAAACAUCUAGAGGCCGAUGAUGCGAUGAUCGACGCUGAAGGGAUCGAUUCCUUGUCGGUUUCUGAGCUUCGUCACUCAUGCCAAUCUCGUGGGAUACGCUCAUUGAACGUUGAUGAAGACGGGCUCAGGAAAGAGUUGGCUCAGUGGAUCGAUCUUCACCUGCACCGCGGCCUCAGCGCUACACUCCUGAUCCUUGGACGAGCCUUCGCAUUCAAUCGGGGCGGUGACGGCGAAGCAGGGGAUAGCACCUUAGAAAGCCUGAAAGAUGCUCUGAGCAGCUUACCAGAUACAUUGUUAAACGAGGCAGAAUUGGAGGUAUCAAACGAGAGUAUCACGAACAAGCAGCGAUUAACUGUGCUAGAAGAACAAGAGGAGCUGAUUGAAGAUGAACUUGAGCAAGAGCAGAAGGAAGAGGAUGCACGGAAAGCUCAACGAGAGCAGGAACGAAUUCAAAAAGCAGAGAUGGAGGAGCAAGAGAAGAUGGACAACGUCGUUCAAACUGCUGCCGACUUACUUCCCCUCGAAAAUACUGUCGAUCUCGAUGCAAUCAGGAUGACUUCUGAACAGCUCAACGAGCUCGGCGAAGCCUUGUCAAUUCUAAGUGCUAAAUCGAGCGUUCUAAAGGAGAAGACUGAACUUAAACAAUUGGCCGAAGAAAACCAAGAAGCUUCUGAAGAUCCUGAGAACACCUCCUCAUCAGCUUUGGUCAAACGAAUUCAAAAGAUGAUCCAACAAAUUGAUCAACAAAUCGGGGAGUAUGACAAUGAAGUUGGCAAUCGGAUGCACCAAAUCAACAUAGGACAAGACGGCAAAAUCAGUGUGGCUGAUCUACAAAAAGCCCUUGGGGUGAUCAAACAUCGUCCAUCAGACGAAGCGAUCAAGAUUUUGAUCGACAAGUUGGAUGUGGACCACGAUGGUUUUGUGCCUUUGGACCACGUGUUAUCGCUAGCUGAGGAGGAAGGACUCGGGAUCGUUUUCUCAGAUGAUGAUCAAGACUCGAAAUCGAACAAGAUCUUGUCCAAGGGCAAACAACUCCGAGAUGAUGUUGUGCAUAAAUCUCUCAAAGGUUCUUCGUCCUCUCCUCUGACCCCCUCAUCAUCCUCUUCUUCUAAAUCAAACGACUCCUCUUCUCACAAAGAUGAUAUCAAACCUAAAAAAUCUGACAUUGUCGAAGACCCUUAG